AUGGCAUACAAGGUGGAUCAUGAAUACGAUUAUCUCUUCAAGAUUGUAUUGAUUGGAGAUUCGGGUGUAGGAAAAUCCAAUAUUCUUUCCCGGUUUACUCGAAAUGAGUUCUGUUUGGAAUCUAAAUCCACCAUCGGUGUUGAGUUUGCAACAAGAACUCUCCAGGUUGAAGGAAAGACGGUGAAGGCACAGAUAUGGGACACUGCAGGCCAAGAAAGGUACCGAGCCAUCACCAGCGCAUAUUACAGAGGAGCUGUUGGUGCCCUCCUCGUUUACGACAUAACGAAAAGACAAACAUUCGAUAACGUCCAGAGGUGGCUCCGUGAGCUGAGAGAUCACGCAGACUCCAACAUUGUCAUUAUGCUGGCAGGAAACAAGUCUGAUCUCAAUCAUCUUCGAGCAAUCUCGCCCGAAGAUGCUCAAGUCUUGGCCGAGAGGGAAGGCCUCUCGUUCCUCGAAACGUCAGCACUAGAGGCAUUCAAUGUUGAGAAGGCAUUUCAGACAAUCUUAUUGGACAUCUACCAUAUCAUAAGCAAAAAGGCUUUGGCUGCUCAAGAGGCUGCAACCUCCACUGGAAUUCCUCAAGGUACUACCAUUAAUGUCAACAAUCUUUCUGGAAAUAACAAGAGAUCUAUCUGUUGUUCUACUUGA